AUGUCUUCGCUAAUUUCGUACCAAUUCAAAUGUAUAGUCGAGACACCGUUUAUACUUGACGUCGUUAAUACCACAGAAGACCUGCCGACUCCUCCAUUAAAAGAGGAUGAAUAUACGAAGGUUUUAGAAGAGAAAAAGAAGUCAUUUGAUGAAGAGCUUGAGGAGAACUUCAAGUUGUUGAAGAAAGGAUAUUCUGAUGAAGACGUGAAUAUCGCCAGAGCAGCGAUGUCGAACAUGAUCGGCGGUGUGGGGUAUUUCUACGGAGCGGGUCGGGUUCAAUCCCCAUACACACGAGAGCCAGUGCCUUACUGGCGCGCGCCGCUGUACACCGCAGUACCCAGCAGGUAG